GUAAGGCCGAUAUGUGUGAUCUAUAUUUCUGAUGAACGGAAUUUCACAGGAUACCUGGAAUGGAGGGAAUUGAUAAUCGGAUUCUUUUUCAAGUAGCCGUUAUCUUCCUAUUACUGAACUUUUCAGAAUGUGCUUCGGUGUCCAGUUUAACUCCAAGCACGGGGAGUGAAAAUGGAGGCUGCCUGGUGACCAUAUAUGGAAAUGGCUUUGCCAAAAGCCAAUUUAACUUCGGGGAAGGAAACUCGAACCUUGGUAACACAGUCUCGCUUGUGUCCGAGACCCAGCAGUUCAACUGCCCCAUACAUAAGGAUGGUACCAACGAGAAACAGAUCCAGUGUACCACUCCACCCUUAAAAGAAGGCACUUACCGCGUACGAGUAGCCGUGGAUGGAGUCGAUAUCGGUGAAAUCAGUAGCAACAUUCAAUUCAGUACUAGCAGCGCAAACACACCAACGAUCACGUCUGUUCAGCCUCGAUCUGGUCCACCAGGUACGAUUGUAAAGUUAUGUGGGAAGAUCUUCACGGACAUGUAUGGAAGUAACCAAGAGGAGAGUUCAAACGGGAGAAAAAUCUUCAUCAAACGAGUUUAUGUUGGAGGCCAAAGCUGUGAGCUGAAAAAGGAUAAGGAUACUCUGCAUGGGAUAGAUCUUGAAGGCGAUGAAGGUUGCAUGAAAUGUAAGAUCGACGUGAAUGGCACCAGAAUAGGGAACCUCAAUACCUCAUUCAUUCUAUCGGGUGACUAUGGCAGGUCUAAAUCGAACGGCGACUAUGUGGUCAGUAGGGACCAGUUAUACAUGUUCCAGACCUAUUCCGAGAUUGUCUUGGUCAGCCCUAGCUCCGGUAGUGAGAAGGGAGGCACACUUAUUUCCAUUGAAGGAAAUAAUUUCGACGAAACUCUCAGCAAACCAGUGGUGAUGGUUGGAGGUACGCCUUGUACAGUAAAGGGUAAUGUGACCAAAUCACUGAUAAUGUGUGAGACAGCAGCCAAGCCAACAUCAAUACCUACCCUCAAAUCAGGUAACCGUGGUCUGAAAUAUGAGACUUGGAAUAAGACUGUUGCAGCCCCAUCUGAGGGGAAGGACUUGGACAGUUCUGAAGCUGACUAUUCAGGUAGUUUGGAUGCUGCACACUAUGACGCAAACGCAGGAGGUAGCGGCAAAGCAACCAGGUUGAGUGGAUUUUUCGCCCCACCCAUUGAAGGGGACUACCUCUUCAGUCUCCAAUCCCAUGGCGCGGCUGAACUCCAUUUAAGUACUGACAACGACCGUGCAAACAUGGUGAAGAUUGUUUCAUCUCAGGCUUCAACUUCAGUCUCUGACAGAAUUACCCUAUCAAAGACUAACAAAUAUUAUUUGGAAGUCUAUGAUAUCGACGGAACAUCUGUGAAUGUGUCAGCCUCGUGCUUCAAUUCCACACUGACAAGUGCCUACACAAAUUAUGUCAAAGCAGAAGUACACAAGAUCAAGGUCACUUCCAACACCAAACCGGAGAAACAGAAUAUCAAACCUCAAGGUUUCGUAACUGGCACAUCAACAUACACUGUCCAGGAGAUCACUGUGGAGGAGAGCGUAUCCGGGGCCGGGGGCGGGUUCCGCUUGUCCUUAUACUCCACUGUUACAGAUUUGAUCAGUUUCAAAGCCAGCUCAUCCGUGGUAGCCACAGCUAUCAAGGACCAUGCUAUUUUUGAAGACGGAAAUGGCGUGACUGUUACAGACGAGCCAACUAGCAGUGGUGGCAUUAAAUACACUGUCACCUUCAAAUUAGACUGGGGGGAUUUCCCGACCUUUGACAUUGAGGCCUAUGGUUCACUCAUAGUGACGACAUCCAAGAAGACAGCAGGAAUUACAAGUGGUGGCUUUUUAUCGCUCAGCUUUUCCGGAGUUAAAGCACCUCCUGUGGCUGUCGGUGCGUCGCCUGAUGUGGUAAAAGUUGCUCUGGAGAGGCUUUUCAGCACACGUUGCCCAUUGAAGUUAUCUAAGCCGUCCAAGAAAACUCUGCAUUACACUUUUGAGGAGGCCCACUCCACUCCUUCCUACAACCUCAACAAACGAUAUUCACAGAUGGAAGCUUUCUGUGGCAGAUAUGUCCUUAAGAAUCCAAAGGUUCUCUUUCAAAAAGAAGGCAAAACCCCAGCUCUGUCCCUGACACAGAGCCCAGUGCUAUGCUUUGCUCACCAAGGAGCCAUUGGGACUGACAUGACGAUGAACUACCAAUACACAGACUCCGAAUCCAACACUCAAGAUAAAUGGGUAAAAUUGAAAGACGUCAUCACGUCAACAAGCACCAUGGAAUGGGAGUACAGUUGUGUUAACGUCUUUGAUGCCCUCCAAGCCAAGGUGACAGGAGGAAGUCGAUUUUACCUGAAGAAAGCAGCCAUUGAAGGCACUGGGGAUAUUUACAUUGACGAAGUGUAUUUGGGCAAAGAGAAGCCGACCACUGAUGGAAAUAUUACCAUGCAACGCCUUCGACAACCCAAACUGAACGGAAAAAAUCUGAUCGACAAUGUUGUAGUGGAAGGCAAUAGCACAAGUUACGACGUCACCCUUUUUCCACAAAAUUGUGGCGACAAUUUCCCACUCUUCACAAGCGAACAGAAGCCAGAGGAUGCUACUGUGACUGUGACACGAUUACAAGGUGCCUCGCCAAAAAUCGAUGGGACAUUUGACCUGGAGUUUCUUGGGUCGCAACGCACUAAAAUCCCAAUCGACAUUACUGCAGAAGAAUUGGCAGGAGAGUUGUCAACAAUUAAUGGCAACGAUGAUGUUUCGGUCAUAUUCAAUGGCAUUUGUUCCAAUUUUAACUGGACAGUUACUUACAACUCUCUGGUGGGGGACCAAUCAAUAAUCAAGUUGGAUCCUGCCUUAACUGGUGAUCAGGUUUCCAUGACAGCCAGCACUGAGGUUAAUGGCCAUGUGCUUUGGGGCCCCAUACCAGGAGAAUUCUUGAGUGCUCCACAUGAUAAGCCACAGGUAACGACGUUGACCAAUGGCAUACCGACCAGGUGUUCCGGUACCUGUGACUUUGAAUGGCUGGCAAGUAGAACCCCUACAGUAACAAACAUAUCACCUGGUACAGGACAAUCUGGUACAGUCGCUACAAUCACCGGGACUGGUUUCAGUGCAACUUCCGCGGACAACUCUGUGAUGUUAGGAGGUGUGGCCUGUGAAGUGACCAGUUCCACAUCCACUUCCAUCUCGUGUACGCUCGGUAGCACCCCCGCAGGCACUCACAUGGUUGGCGUCAACGUUGCAGGCUUUGGCUUGGCACAUGGCAGUGACGUCAAUUUCAUCUGCUCUGCAGGCAUCAUCAGUUUUCUACCUGCUUCAAGUACUUUAGGGGGUGGUGUGAACCUGACCCUGACUGGACACGGCUUUAGGAAUGAUGCCAUGGUUACUGUGGGUGGUCAACCCUGUCCUGUCAUCUCCAACUCCCCAGGCCAGCUAGUCUGCGUCAUACCACCGAGGACAUCAGCAGGUUCUGUGACCGUUGUGCUGGCCAUGACCGGUGUUGCCACUAUCACAGCCUCCGACUCCUUUACGUACGACUCCGCCAUCACAGGACAGAUAUCUUCCAUCAGUCAUGCCACUUCAAGUGUCAAAGGUGGAGAAGUGAUAACAAUUACCGGCUCCGGAUUUGGUAGCUCUGGGUCGCUGAUCAUCGGAAGCACAGUUGUCUCCCCUGUGACAUUCACGGACACCAUGGUGUCGGGCCCCCUGCCCUCACUCAGUACUGGAGGACACGCUGUCAAGGUGUUGAAAGUGACCGGUGCUGCUGUUCUCAGCAGCACUGUGCCUACAAUCCAAUACAUCCUUAAGGUGGAGAGUGUGUACCCACGUCGGGGCUCGCUUUACGGGGGAACAAAUGUCACCAUCACCGGCCAGGGCUUAGACGCUGAAGCCGACGUCAAGGUCGGGGGUCACUGCUGUGAUGUGGACGCUGCUACGGCAACGGCGACCCAGAUAGUGUGUACAAUCUGUUACACAGGGAGGACCCACCAGAUUGACAACAGCGGUUCAGAUCCUGUAUAUGGCACUGGUUAUAGCUGGAAUCCUAAGAACCUCGUUGUGAAUAUUGGAGACGAGGUACGGUGGCGCUGGGAUGUUCCCCAACUUGUUGGAACGAGUCUCAAGGUAGAACAGGUUCGAAAUGCUACCUCUAAGGACGCCGUGCCUUAUGGUUUCAGCAGUGGUCCCGCUGGCCUUCCUUCAGGUUGGUAUGACUACAGCUUUAACGCACCUGGCAGGAAGUACUACUGGAGUGGCCCUCUGAACAGUCACACAAAUAAUUCAGUUAGAGGAUCAAUCAACGUGGAACGUUUGGAGUCAUAUGUUGGUGACGUGAGUGUCCACAUCUCUGGCAAAGAAGCUGAUUAUGAUAUAACUUCAGGUGUGAGCGACCCCCCAGGACCAUGUCAAGGGAGCCUCUGUACUAUCUCUGGCUGUGAAGAUCCCGAACCUACUGGUGGAGAUCCUACCAAUUUCCGGUUCAAAUUUUGGUCAUGUCAAACGCCAAACAUUACAGCCAUCACUCCUAAUCAAGGCACAGCAAAUGAAAACAUUGUGAUAACUGGUAAUGGGUUUUCCUCCACAAGGAGUGAAAACAAGGUCAUGUUUGGUGAAGCUUCCUGCAUUGUUUCUGAGUUCUCAACAACAGAGCUGAAAUGUAAGCUGGACUCGACCACCAGUCCCCCUAUCAGCGUAAGACUGUUUCCUGAUGUUAUAGUGGAAAACAUGGGAAGCGCCAUACCGAUACUGGAAGAGAAGAAUAGGACAUUUACUCUUGUUCCUGUUGUUUCCUCUUUUUCACCUAUAUUGGGGUCCCUGGAAGGAAACACGCAACUGACCAUCGUCGGCGCGGGAUUCCAGGGAAGCCACCCAGAUGAGGAUGUCACAGUGACAAUUGGGAGUAACUCUUGUCCAAUCACCCAGCUUUCCUACACAUCCAUUGUUUGUUCUGCUCCAAAGUCCAACUCUGACGGUCCCAAGGCAGUAGAGGUCAAGGUCAAAGCCGUUGGUCAGAUGGUGACCGCGGAAUGCGAUGCCAACCCAUGUGAUUUUAACUAUGAUCUUGGGUCGACUGCUAGUGUGGCUUCAGUAUCGCCAACAUCGGUGGAUGGUUCGUCAACAACAUUGACGAUCACCGGAAAGAGGAUGGGAGGUUCAACCAGUGACGUGAGUGUGACUGUCGGAGGUGAAGUCUGCACCGUGACUGACGCUGACACCACCAUCGUCAAAUGUACAAUCUCUGCCGUACCAGUUGGGGCCCAGCCAUUGGUACUAGAUGUUGCACAGAAAGGACGCGCCAAACAUGACCCAUCUCCUGUGACUGUCACCAGUCAGUCUGUCAUUAGCUCUGUCAGUCCUGUGGUAGGCAGUACCAAUGGUGGCACUGUCGUCACCAUUCUAGGUAAUGGAUUUACUGAUAAUACCCGCGUCACCAUAGAUAGUAUCGAUUGCCCUGUAGCCUCUGUCUCACUCUCAAAGAUCGUGUUCACAACAGCAGCGCAUUCUGCCGCCAAUGACCUUGAUCUCAUUGUCGCCUCCGGAGGCACAACCUACGCUGCUGAGAAAUUCAGUUUCACUGUUGGGGCUACCCCAGUGAUAUCAUCUGUAUCGCCGACAUCUGGAUCUUCAGGAGACACUGUCACACUCAGUGGUACAAAUUUUGGGGCGACCAUAGCCGACAACGCUGUCACACUAGGUGGGAGGGCGUGUACAUUGACAUCGGCCACGACGACUGAGAUUGUGUGCACUGUUGGGGACUACAGGGCCGGUACCUAUGAACUACUUGUUAAUGUCACAGGCAGAGGACUCUCGAAUAACGACAAGAUGUUUACCUCUGAUAUGACUGCUUCCAGCAUCCUUCCAAACACAGGAAGUAGGAGUGGCGGCCAGGCUGUGACAAUAUUGGGAACUGGGUUUGAUGACACUACCACGGCAACCAUCUGUUCCGAGCCUUGUGUCAAGUCUACCAAACAGGAAUCUACAGCAACGCAAUUUUUCUGUGUCACACCUGUCGCCUCAGGCACCACGACACCGACCUGUAGCGUAGUAGUCACGGUGAACUCGAUCACCCGGACACUGAGCUACACGUAUGACUCAACGAUAACUACACAGGUCACAGGUGUGACCCCAACACAUGGAGGGACAGGAGGAGGAACUACCAUCACAAUAACUGGUUCAGGAUUCGGGACUAGCAUGCCUGACUGCUUUGUAUCAAUAAAUGGUAGUGAAUGUACAGUGAGGUCAGUCAGUGGCAACGAAAUCGUGUGUGAAACUGGAUCCAUCUCUAAAUCUGUCAAAGACAAGGUUCGAGUGGAGAUUGGUGGAAAUGGUGAGGCUGAGCAGGUAGGAGCAGAAGAGUUCCACUAUGUAGACUUCUGGUCAUCUGUAUAUACAUGGGGCGGUGGACCACUGCCCGGGGACGGAGAUUUUGUCAUCAUCCAGCCUGGUCAGACUAUCUAUUUAGACACAACCACUGCCAUCCUCAAAAUACUUCUUAUUCAGGGAGGACAAGUCAUAGUGGAUGAUAGCCAAGAUUUGGAAUUGAAUGCAGAAAUUAUCCUUAUCACCGAUGGUGGUCUACUUCAGGUGGGAACGGAGGAAAACCCCUUUUCUCACAAAAUGAAUAUCACACUACAUGGACAUGUACGCAGUAAAGAGCUCCCCAUAUAUGGUACCAAGGUGCUGGCCGUUCGGGAGGGCACCCUGGAUCUCCAUGGUAAACCAACGUUAAUCACCUGGACCAUGCUCGCAGAAACUGCUGCUGCUGACACCGAUUCCAUAAAUCUUGAAAAAGCUGUUGAUUGGAAUAUUGGCGACACGAUCGUCAUAGCAACAACUGGAAACUCCAAAUCUCAGAUUGAAACUGAACAGAAAACCAUCAAAGACAUUUCUGAUGAUAAAAGGACCUUGACCUUGGACUCUAAUCUCAAAUAUACCCACAGUGGUGUGACAAAAACAUUUGGAACUGGUUCAAAUACAUACGCUGUCGACAUUAAAGCAGAAGUGGGACUUCUAACACACAAUGUUAAAGUUCAGGGCAGCAGGAAUGGAGAGUGGUCUGAAAAAAUUGAGGCGUGUCCGGACGGCUUCAAUGUCGAGGAAUUUGCCACCCAGACAUGUUUCCAGGGCCGUUUUGGUGAAGAAACUGGCAGUGAUCAAUUUGGCGGGCAUAUUAUCAUACACAGCCCAACACCAGACUCAGGAGGAAGCAAAGGCCGUAUUUCAUAUGUGGAGUUAGAUUUUAUGGGUCAGGCAUUCAGAUUAGGACGCUAUCCAAUUCACUUCCAUCUCCUUGGCGACAAAUCAAAAAGUUACGUCCGUGGAGUUGGUAUCCAUGAAACUUUUAACCGUGCGGUGAACAUACAUGCUACACACAAUGUGCUGAUUGAACACACCGUCGUGUACAAUAUCAUGGGUGGUGCUAUCUUCCUGGAGGACGGCAUAGAGACUGGCAAUAUUAUCCAGUACAAUCUUGCUCUAUUUGUCAAACAGAGCACAAGUCUGCUAAAUGAUGACGUCACUCCAGCAGGUUUUUGGGCCACGAAUCCUAACAACACAAUCCAGCACUGCCAUGCUGCUGGCGGUUCUCACUUCGGAUUCUGGUACAGCAUGCACGAGCACCCGAAGGGUCCAUCAUUCACCACCACUGUCUGCCCCACGAAUGUCCCACUAGGAAUCUUCUACAAUAACACUGCUCACUCGUUGGGCUGGUUUGGUCUGUGGAUUUUCCCUACUUUCACACCAAAAGUAGGGGGUGGUUGUGAUUCGACGAACCAACAAACCGCCCACUUUCGUUCGUUUAAUGCUUGGCAUAAUGAUAAAGGUGUGGAAAUGGUAAACACCGGUUAUGUCCAGUUAAGUAACUUUUAUGCUACAGAGAAUCUAAAUGCUCAGAUCGAGAUAAAAAUUCUCAUCGAACCAGAGGGAUUAGUCCCUUCCAAUGGGGCCUUAAUCAAGGAUUCGCUAGUUGUGUGCCACGCGUCACUGAUAGGUGCUUCUAACUGCACAAAGGGAGGCAUUGUGAUCCCAUAUGGACCUGGCCUGCUGAUAGACAACGUGACAUUUGUCAACUUUGACCGGAGCGACAGUUGUGCCUUCUCCUGGGCGAGAAUCGAUGGAACAUGUGGGGACAAUUGUGUCGGUUCCACCCAUAAAACUGCUGCUCUGACCUUCAUAAAUUCUCCAAGACGUGUCUGCUAUGAGUGGUUGUUUGAGGGAGUUCUUGAGGAUCUCGAUGGCACCUUGUGUAGCAGUGCGAACUGUAAGGUUAUACCCACCACAGGAACUCUUCCACCCAGUUGUGGAAAUUACCAAUACGGCAAUACUCUUGUACCAGUGAGCAAGUGCCAGGCGGCUGUCAAAUUUCAUAGGUUCGGUUUUAAUAAUCUAUUGCCCAACAGUGCAUGGUACAAGGACGUUCUUUUCACCAAUGCUCAUGGAGUGUCUGCAGUUCCAUUCAAAGAUAAAAGAAUUACAAACAAGAAUGGCUGGGUAGCACAACUCGUCAGUGGAGAAACGUAUACUAUGACAUUUAAUAACUCUGCCCCAGUCACUAAUAUCAGCUUCACUGGACAAAUGGACGAUGUCAAUACUGACGACUUCAUAAUUUUGGUUCUGCCAGUAAAACUGAAACCAGACCGGUUGAAGAUCAAUGAGGACAAAGGAUUCAUUGUUCCUUCCGAAACGCCUCUGGACACGAGCGCCAUCACUGGGAGCAGCUGGUAUUUCAAUGAUAACAAAAAGGAAGUGGAAAUUUUGAUUUCAGGGAAGGAUUUAAGUAAUGGAGGAACAAGAAAAAAGCGAAGUUCGCCCAGUGUGAAAUCCAAUAACCAGACAUAUCCUGUGAAUUUGCAGGCAUACACAUGUUUUUACACAAACUGUACUCCUCCCCCGGACCCCAACACAGUCCCUCCUGCAGCUACGCGACCAACUAGCGCUGUCCUCUGGUCCAGUCCAGAAUCUUGGAGUUGGCUUGGCAAUACCCUCCCUGUUCCCGGAAGUGACCUCACCAUACCUAGCGGUGUUUGGAUGGUAGCUGACAUGGCCAUUCCUUGGUUCAAAACUGUCGUCCUAUAUGGUACAAUUGAGUUCGACCAUGGAACUGCAGCUCCGUACCGUAACAUUGACCUCAACGCGACCCACGUCAUCAUCCUGGGAGGGAGGCUCAUUAUAGGUUGGCCCGACGACCCAUUCCUUGGUGAUGCACGUGUCAUCCUUAGAGGCAACUCGUCAAGUGCGGAAUACGACGGUCUCACUAACGCUGCCACCGUAGGGGCUAAGGCCAUGGGAGUUUUCGGUGGCCUUGAUCUUCAUGGCAUUGAUGGAGGUGUGACCUGGACCCGGCUAGCCUCAUCAGCGUUUGCCGGAGACUCUCAAAUCACAUUAGCCCAAGCUGUUGACUGGGCAGUAGGCAGUGAGAUUGUUGUAGCUCCGACAGGCUACGAACCACGGGAGGCAGAGACGUUCAUGAUUACCAGUGUGUCUACUGAUAAACAAAGUCUGACCCUAAACAGUUCACUACAGUACAAUCAUGUUGUUAUACCAAAGGAGAACUUCUACCCAGAUCUGGGAGCAGAGGUGGCACUUUUGACAAGAAAUGUUAAGGUUAUUGGGGAAAGCUAUGCAAAUUUGUACCAGGAGUCCUUUGGUGCCAGAAUAUUGGUUGGGAUAGCCCAGGAAGACGAAAGCGUAUUUAUUGGAUUUGCCCGUAUUACGAACACAGAGUUUUACCACACUGGACAGGAAGGAUGGACGGAAUCUUACGACGCACGCUAUUCUAUCGCAUUCUUGGAUGCUGGCGCUGUAAAUGAUAUCAAACCUUCCAUAAUUGAGAAGAAUGCAUUCCAUGAUGGAUUUUCGCCAGCCAUUGGCGUCUUUGGAACCCAUAGUUUGGCCAUUCGGCAAAAUGUUAUACAUCACACAAUUACUAGAAGUAUCGAAACAUCAUCUGACAACACUAACAUUGAGUCCAACCUGUUAAUUCUUAUGCUGUCAGAAGCUACUUAUCAAAACCGCUACGAAACAGAAAAUAUUCGUCUGAGUGCAGCAAUUGAAGCUCAAAAUUCAAAGAACUCUCAAAUACGCAAUAACGUAGUAGCAGGGUCAGAAAGGGCAAGCUUUUGGUUAAAUGCAAUGGAGUGCAACAGUGCAGGCCACGGAAGCAACCUGGCACACAGCUCAAUUAUGGGGUUCGUGAUAUACCCGCAAAUAACAACGUCUGCCACCUGCCUUCGAAUGUCCAACUUCACUGCUUGGAAAAAUCUUGUUGGAAUCUACUAUCAGAACACUGCUAGUUUAGAACUUUGGAAUAAUUUUCUCGUAGAGAACAGAAUUGGGGCUGCCAUGUUUGUUAUGGGUCCGUCAGCCGUUGACCACCAAGCUACCAACAAAUCGGUCACGGUCAAAAAUACAACGCUAGUCGGUGCUUCAUCGUCUUAUGACUGUGCCACGGAUAAAUGGAUUAUGAAUGAAGCCAUGCGAGUACACAGCCAGGCACUUCCCUGGAACAAAGACGGAACCAACAUUGGUAUUUUUGGUGCACAGUACUCUCAAUCCACCAACGGCAUGUCAAUGUUUCCUUACUUUGGAACCAUGUCCUACCCUUCCAUAUAUGGAAUCACAAUUCUUGAGAAUGUAACAUUUGCCAAUUUUGGCCAAAUGUGUGGUAAAGAAAACUAUGCGAUCACAAGCAGUGCUGAGGGAGACGAUGGCCAACAUCCUGUACAGUCCAGUAAUGUCAUUCUGAAAAAUGUACAGGAAGGCAACAAAUUAUUUUUCUACCGACCAAAUGUUAGGAAAAUCAACGGUGCUGACUGUGGAGAUAUGGACUGCGACGGCAUGAAGGCGAACAUCUUUUGCGAUACAGAUGGGACAUUUUUCGGAGAAAAGGGUUGUGCAGUUUCCGAGUCUGAGUGGGAAUGGGAUGGUGAUGCACGAAGGGGCCUAGGGGAUUACAGGAUCCCAAAAGCGAUUUUAAACACGGCAGAUGGGACUCGAAUACCUGUGGACCAGUUAGCACCACAUAAAGGUAUCAUCCGCAGCGACACCACAGUGUACAAAUCUGCCUGGCAUGCUCACUUAAACUCUGACCUCAACUACAAGAUGCUGAUCAUUGAAAGUAUGGACGCGGACACGGAGACCCGCCGAGUGUCACCUGUUGCUAUUCUCGGAGAUGGGUAUCUUAACCUUAUCAACGGUCCCCAGGAUCACGGCUGGUGCAGUGGCUACACCUGUCGGGAACGACUUUCAACCUUCAUGGCUGUUGUCGCAACUGGGAAGGAAUUUGUAGUGGUCUUCACUGGUACCACACCUCAACAUCUACGGUUUUUCCUCCUCAACUGUGACGAGACACACGCCAUCAAGGUUGCAGUCUGGUACUCCCAGCCGUACGAAAUGGAAGUCUCUGUUGACAGUUCAGUCAUUUCACCUAAAAACGCAAGAACUGAUGAUGACGGCAACUACUUACUGGAAAAACCGAGUUUUCCUGGGGAGUACACUCCGACCGUGUCCGACACAUCUGGGCAGAAUUAUUUUGACCGCAACUCAAAACGUCUCUAUGUGACCAUUAGGGGACCAAAAACAGUUGAACUGAAGACGAAGCCUUCAAUCUAUGUCUCCUGCAACAUCCCACCCAUGACUGAAGACGAAUUCUUUGGUUCGAAAGCCCCAGAGUACCUAGCAGCCUUCUUCGAUAUCCCUCCAGAAAAGAUUCGAAAAAUGAAUGUAAUAAGUGAGAGUCAAUCUAAAAGACGACGCAAGAGGUCAACAGUAAGCUAUGACGUGAUGGUCCUGGAGAUUUCUGACGUUCCAAAUUCAAACUCGACCGCCUUGAGUGCAGAACAGCUAGAGAAUAUGGUGGAUAAGAUUACCAACGAGAUUCAGCUGGGAAACAUCAGCCAGGUUCUCAACAUGACUGUGAAUGGGGUGUCUGUCGCGGGACCUCCUCCGUCCCCCGGGUCCCCAGAGUGGAAUUCAACCACGGUUGAUGACUCGCCCUAUACUGUCAUCGUAGAGGCCGCGGGAAUGCGCUUCAACCCUGCACCGGAACCACAACACGAAGGGGUGGUCUUCAAGACGCAGCCAAAGAUACAGGUUUUGGAUCCACAGGGAAGACCAAUCACACAGCUAGGGAGUGCCUCCCAACCAUGGGAGAUAACUGCGUCACUACGCCCUGGAGGGUCCAACCCACUCGCCACCCUCACUGGAAAUCUCACCGUUCAGUUUGUCAAUGGCUGGGCCAACUUCACCAGCCUGCUCAUCACCAAGCUUGGUACUGAGUUCCAUAUCGACUUCAAUCUGACAGUCCCAACCGGCUCCAACUUUUCCAUCACCUCUGGGCCACUGACUGUCGCUGCUCGACCAAUCAAAGCCUCUGUUACAUCCAUGACCUCUACUGUUAUUGAAAACCACUACUUCGCCGUGGGUGUUGAGCUCCAGGACAACGCUACAUCAGAGCGUAUACCAGACAUUGCCUGGAGAGGUCUUGCUUGGACAAUGACAGCAGAACUAAACAUGCCUGAACUCAACCCUGGGUCGAUGCUUGGACCUAGCGAGACGCUAUUCUCGACAUCCUCCAGUACAGCCAAUUUUUAUUCACUGAACUUCACGUCCCUGGGGAUAUAUGCUGUAAAACUGCAUGUCUACACGACACCGUCUGCCUACGACUUCUACGAAGAGGUCCAGGUGAUAGUGAGGUCACAGGACCAGACCAGCCUCGUCAUCGAGAAGACCUCGCUGCUGGAGAUGAGAUUUGAUGCUGAUUUCGAUACAGUGGUUGGUGCUAACACCAAACCAUUUGCUUCCAUGAUGGCGUCUCGUUUCAUUAAAAAAUACCUGAAUGUGCUUUUUGACUAUGUGUCUGUCGAGCCAGGAAGUAUUGUGGUGAAAUUCUCUAUCAGCGGAGGGGUGUCAAAUUUAAACACGACUGUCCAUGGCAUGUGCGAAUCGGUCCAGAACGACUCGAGUUUCACCUUCAACUCCACGACGAUUGCGCUGUCUGGUUACUUGACCGUGGAUGGAGUGUCCUACUAUGGUGUCCACUGUGGGCCUAUUGAAUCAAACAAGCGCAGCAUCAAAGCCAGCCCCGCCACUACCAAGCCCGAAUCUGCCCACGACAAAACGUCUAUGGCUCUGAUUGUUUCCCUCGUUGUUGUUUCUGUCACUCUACUUGUCACAAUCCUGGCGAUCAUCCUCUGGAAGUGCAAAGUGGCUCCAAAGACUAAAACAAGAGAUCUGAAGGGGUUCUCUGGCUACUACAACCAACCGAACACCAUUGAGGACAUCCUGUUCCGUGAACAGUCCUUCAUGAGUAUCCGCGAGAAGUCAACCAUUAGGCCGCAGGCUCCCGCUGCCACCAGCAUCCACAGUAUCGGCAACAACUUCAACUCGGAGAAGAGUCCUCUACCCUUCUAGUCGUCUAGGACAACAAGGAUUAUCUGCCCCUGAGUAGGGGAAACUAAUAAAACUACUCUGGACAAGCAAAUCUGUGAUAUUUUAGUGUGAUUGAUUGAAGUGGUGUAUUCUUAUAAUAACCAUAUUGUGGUCGUAAAAAUAGAUGUGAUGCCCUGAGUUUGUUUUCUGGAAAAAAAUAAUAUUCCUGAGACACUUCUGCUGUCCAAGCAUUUUCAGUUAUAUUGAUGUUACUUCACUUACAUUUACAUCAACAUGAUAAAUGAUAAUAAUAACUUUUCAUAAGCCUUCAGGUUCAAGGUGACUGUUGAAGGUCAAAUAUGUGUAUUCUCUCUAACCAGCGUUUCCUCCUCAGACCUUACCCAGCUUGAAGCGACUGUAAGACACAGCAGGUACAUACAGCUGUUUGACCUUGUCCUUGAACCAAGGUCCGUGCACGUCGUUACUUAAGGUCACAGGUCAAAUAUUAAAACUUUGUGGUACACAUCUCAACCAAAAUUUCCUCUAGCCCUAAAUGGUACAUAAACUAUAAAUUUGAUAUUAGAUGCUAUUUUUAGAGCCUUGUUUAAGGAAGUAGGAAAAGUAAGUCAGAAAAGGUUGACAUCACUCUAUGUUUAGAUACACUUGGUUGUAUAUUUACUAUCGCAUUAACAAACAGCAUGGCAUACUAUUAAUUUUUACAAAUAUCAUCCUUUUAAUGAGACAAUGACAGAAACAAUAUCUACUUUAUAAUAAUUUGUAUAACUUAACAUACUCAUUUUAUUUUUUGUUCCAAUUUUUUUAUGAAAUGAAUAUUCAACUUGUUAAGGAUUACAGUGUUUAGAACCAAAAAAGCUUCUAUGACAGAAAUGAAACAUAAAAUGACCUCAAAAUUAAAAGCUAAAAUUUCAAAGAAAAAAAUCCUUCAUUGUGGAUUAGAUUGGGUAAUACAUUCUGUUUUCAAUGAACUGUUCAUACUCGGUUUUGGUUUAAAAUUGAUGCAAUUACAAUUCUCCGUCCACCCACACAUCUUUUUAUGUAUACAGUUUUAUUGUCAUCUUUUUGAUUUUAUAUGUAUUUAUUUAUAUAUACAGUAUUUAUACCAAUGUUUUGAGAAGGGUUUAUUUGGUGAGGCAAUUUAUCGAGAAUUUAUCACAAAAUUGUCUGUUUCUUCGCUUUUUGACUCCCCAAACCACUUACAUAAGCGUAAAUGGAGACAGUGAUAGGAAUGUCAUCAUAAGGGGAAUAACUCAGUCAGGCUUGUGUAUGACUACCGAAUCCCGUCUGGAUAAAGUAGUGAUUAAAUCAGAUCGUGACAUGACUGUACUAAUGACAGAAUAAGAAACCAUUGGCUUAAAUGUGGCUAACACUGAUAAUUUUGUUUGGUAGAUUGAUAUAAAAACUUCUGUGAUAGUAUUAUUUACUUUAUAAAGAAUAUAUACUCAAACUGUAUGUUAAUGACAUGUGUUUUUACUGCAAGUAAAAAUAUGAAAGAAGUAAAACAUAGAUUUAUACUGUAAAUCAUGCAUCUUGCAUCAACUUACUUUGAAGAUGAUUUUUGCAGGUGUUAACAAAAAUUUAAGAAUUAUCUCCCUUAAAAUCAAUAUAAUUUAUCAGAAUUAUCUCCCUUAAAAUCAAUAUAAUUUAUCAGAAUUAUCUCCCAUGAAUGACAUACUAAGGUCAAAAUUAUGAUCUCUUAUCAAUAGAUGUAUUCUGACUACCUUUCAAUUGUGUCAUCUAUGAAUCAAUAAAUAAAAAAAUGUUUUUACUGUAGCAUAAAUGAUUUCUGAUUCUGGAACUCGUAGAUAGGUAUCAGGUAUUUCAAAAGUUUAUUAGAAUUGCAGUGAUUUGCAGUAAUAUGUUUUGUACAUUAUUAGUUUGUAGUGUUUAAGAUAUAUUUUUCUUCAUAUUUUUGUGUCAGACAUAAUUUUAUUAUAUUUUAUCUUGUUUUAUAUCUGUUCAAAUUAUGAGCUGGUUGUCUCAAUUUUAAAAUUUGUAAUUGAAAUUAUUGUUUUUAGAUUGAUAGUAUUCUAGAAGAAAAACUGUUAAAAAUUAAUGAAUUUCUUUCCAGUAGUUAGUGACCUGUUACAAAAAAAAUAAUUUCGUAUUGAAUGAUUUUAGAACAAAAUACAGGGGACAAAAAUCAUUAAAAACUUUGAUGAUAAAAAGAAAAUUUUGCAUUACUACAACAUGGUUACAAGCAAAAAUAUUUAUAAGUUCAUUAAGCCAAAAAACAGUACCAAUGAUUUAGAAAAUUUUAUUUAUAUCAAACUUUCUAUUCAAAUCUAAAAUUUCAUAUAUUUUUGCAAUAACAUAACCAAAUUUGCACCUCAUUUUUUGGAGCACCUGGUAUCUGGUAUUUUUUAAAUGACAACUUUAACAUCAAAACUGUUACAGAUAUUUUUGUUAUAUUUAUGUGGGCUUUUUAUGUUUAUAUAUUUAAUAAACACUUUGUUU